CCAGUAGUGCACAUAUUGCUCGGUGGUACCCAUUCAGCGGAAUGCAGAGCAUUGGAGAACCGAGUGAAAGAAGUAUCCCGAGUGACCUGCACGCAGUGACGCUGAAGGCGUUCUACUCGCGUGUGAUCCAGCGCGUGUGCUCUUCCUACCGAGAACAGAGUGAAUCUUCUACGGACGAGGACAUGGAACGACUCCGGCAGAAAUGGCAAGAGAAGCUGGCACUGUACACUGGAAAACACACACAAUCAAAUGCAAUGGCAGAGAUCAAUAGCAACGGCAUCUCGACGGUGGGGUUUGCAGGAUUGUCGAGAGAUGGCGACAUUGAAGCUCUCGAUGACGAGGAUGAAUUCUCCAUCCCGUCCAGCUCUAAUUCUUCUUCUCAUUCUUCUCUUUCUUCUCCCAUUCCGUCUUUUAUUGAGUCGGAGGCUUCAACGGAGCAAAUAACCGGUCGACCGAGCGCUCAAGUGCCCAGCACCGCGACAUCGACAGCCUCGUCUAUCUUCUCCAAAAUGCUAGGAACCAAGCGAAAGCUGCAUCAGUUGGAUGGAUCUGUCUCCGACGAUGGAGACACAGUAGAAUGGCAAGACGCUGAUGUUCAAGAGGUGAGAGCUUUACUAAUUGAUUCAUUGUGUAGGUGGUUGAUACUCAGUUCGUUCGGAUGCAGCAAAAAAGUCUAGAAACAAGCA